GGUCGCGGCGGCGGCGGCGGGGCGCGAGCGUGCGAGGAGGCGCGAAAGGAGGCGGGGCUUGCGGAGGGCGCGGAGGAGCCGCUUCCAUGGCGCUGAGUCUGGAUCGCGAGGCCUACUACCGCCGCGUCAAGCGCCUCUACAGCAACUGGCAGAAAGGAGAAGACGAAUAUGCCACCAUUGAUGCUAUUGUGGUCUCAGUUGGAGUAGAUGAAGAGAUUGUCUAUGCCAAGUCCACUGCCUUGCAGACAUGGCUGUUUGGCUACGAACUCACCGACACGAUCAUGGUUUUCUGCGAGGACAAGAUCCUCUUCAUGGCCAGCAAGAAGAAAGUGGAGUUUCUCAAGCAGAUUGCAAACAGCAAGAGCAACGAAAGCACCAACGGGGUGCCGGCUAUCACAUUGCUUGUGCGGGAGAAGAAUGAAAGCAACAAGGGGAACUUUGACAAGAUGAUAGAAGCCCUAAAGGGCAGCAAGAAUGGCAAACGCAUUGGGAUCUUUAGCAAGGACAAGUUCCCCGGGGACUUCAUGAACAGCUGGAAUGAUGCUCUCAGCAAGGAAGGCUUUGAGAAGGUGGACAUCAGUGCGGUGGUGGCCUACACGAUUGCCGUCAAAGAGGAUGGGGAGCUAGCCCUGAUGCGCAAAGCAGCCGCCAUCACUUCAGAGGUCUUCACCAAGUUCUUGAAGGAGCGUGUCAUGGAGAUAGUAGAUGCUGAUGAGAAAGUGCGGCACAGCAAGUUGGCAGAGUCUGUAGAGAAGGCCAUCGAGGAGAAAAAAUACCUGUCCGGAGCUGAUCCCUCCACUGUGGAAAUGUGCUACCCUCCCAUUAUCCAGAGUGGAGGAAAUUACAACCUCAAGUUUAGCGUUGUCAGUGAGAAGGGCUACAUGCAUUUUGGUACCGUCACUUGUGCCAUGGGCAUCCGCUACAAAUCCUACUGCUCCAACCUGGUACGCACGCUCAUGGUUGACCCGCCCCAGGACACCCAGGACAACUACACCUUCCUGCUGCAGUUGCAGGAGGAGAUGCUCAAAGAACUGCGGCAUGGUGUAAAGCUGUGUGAGGUCUACGCUGCUGUCAUGGAUAUGGUGAAGAAGCAAAAGCCAGAGCUCUUGAGCAAAAUCACCAAGAACUUGGGGUUUGCCAUGGGCAUUGAGUUCAGAGAGAGUUCGCUCGUGAUCAAUAGCAAAAACCAGUAUCGGCUCAAAAAAGGAAUGGUUUUCAGCCUCAACGUAGGGUUCUCAGACCUCACCAACAAAGAAGGAAAGAAGCCGGAGGAGAAAACGUAUGCAUUGUUCAUCGGGGACACGGUGCUGGUGGAAGAGGAUGGUCCAGCUACUCUCCUGACUUCUGUCAAGAAGAAGGUCAAGAAUGUCAGUAUUUUGCUCAAGAAAGAGGAUGAAGAGGAGGAGGAGGAAGAAGACGAUACGGAGGGAAUACUGCUUGGCCGUGGUUCCAGGGCAGCUCUGCUGCCAGAAAGAACUCGGAAUGAACUGACAGCUGAGGAGAAACGUCGGGCACACCAGAAGGAGCUGGCUGCCCAGCUAAACGAAGAAGCCCGGAGGAGGCUGACGGAACAAAAGGGGGAGCAGCAGAUCCAGAAGGCUCGUAAGUCGAACGUCUCCUACAAAAACCCGUCUCUGAUGCCAAAGGAGCCUCAUAUCCGGGAGAUGAAGAUCUACAUUGACAAGAAGUACGAGACGGUCAUCAUGCCUGUCUUUGGCAUCGCCACCCCUUUCCACAUUGCCACCAUCAAGAACAUCAGUAUGUCAGUGGAGGGCGACUACACCUACCUGAGAAUCAACUUCUACUGCCCGGGCAGUGCUUUGGGUCGCAACGAAGGCAACAUCUUCCCCAACCCGGAAGCCACCUUUGUUAAAGAAAUAACAUAUCGGGCAUCCAAUAUAAAAACACCUGGGGAGCAGAUGGUGCCAGCUCUCAACCUCCAGAACGCCUUCCGCAUCAUCAAGGAGGUUCAGAAGCGCUACAAAACCCGUGAGGCUGAGGAGAAGGAGAAGGAGGGAAUUGUCAAGCAAGACUCUCUAGUGAUCAACCUAAACCGCAGCAAUCCCAAGCUGAAGGACCUUUACAUCCGCCCCAACAUCGCCCAGAAAAGGAUGCAGGGGUCUCUGGAGGCCCACGUAAAUGGUUUCCGCUUCACCUCGGUGCGUGGGGACAAAGUGGACAUUCUGUACAACAACAUCAAGCAUGCCGUGUUUCAGCCCUGCGAUGGGGAGAUGAUCAUUGUGCUACACUUUCACCUCAAGAAUGCCAUCAUGUUUGGCAAGAAGCGCCACACCGAUGUGCAGUUUUAUACGGAGGUGGGCGAGAUCACCACCGACCUGGGCAAGCACCAGCACAUGCACGACCGCGACGACCUCUACGCCGAGCAGAUGGAGCGUGAGAUGAGACACAAGCUGAAAACGGCAUUCAAGAAUUUCAUUGAGAAGGUGGAGUCUCUGACCAAGGAGGAACUGGAAUUUGAGGUGCCCUUCCGGGAGCUGGGGUUCAACGGCGCCCCCUACAGAAGCACCUGCCUGCUCCAACCAACCAGCAGCGCCCUGGUGAAUUGCACUGAGUGGCCUCCAUUUGUGGUGACACUGGAUGAGGUGGAGCUGAUACAUUUUGAGCGUGUGCAGUUCCACCUGAAGAACUUUGACAUGGUCAUCGUCUACAAAGACUACAGCAAAAAGGUCACAAUGAUCAACGCCAUUCCUGUGGCUUCACUCGACCCCAUCAAGGAGUGGCUCAACUCUUGUGACAUUAAGUACACAGAAGGAGUACAAUCCCUUAACUGGACCAAAAUCAUGAAAACUAUUGUGGACGACCCAGAAGGCUUCUUUGAGCAAGGGGGCUGGUCAUUCCUCGAGCCCGAAGGAGAGGGAAGUGAUGCCGAGGCCGGGGAGUCGGAAUCCGAGAUCGAGGACGAGACCUUCAACCCUUCUGAGGAAGAGUAUGAAGAUGAGGAGGAGGACAGCGAUGAGGACUAUUCCUCUGAGGCAGAGGACUCUGCAGAUUACUCCAAGGAGUCCAUGGGCAGCGAGGAGGAGAGCGGGAAAGAUUGGGACGAGCUGGAGGAAGAAGCACGGAAAGCUGACCGCGAGAGCCGAUAUGAGGAGGAAGAGGAACGAAGCCGCACCAUCAGCCGGAAGAGGAAGGUCCCAUCGUCGUCGUCCCAGAGUUCGAGGCACCACCGCAGCUCCCACAGUCGCAGCCCCGGCCGAAGCUCGGGCCCCUCCAAGAAGAAGAGGAAGUAAACCGCGAGCCCUUCCCACCCGCCAAUCUUUAGGGGGUUUGGGCUUUCAAGGCCUCAUCCAGCAGCCAACGUUUAGGGCACGAGGGGCAGCCAGCCAGCCCCUCCCGACAAACUUCUCCCCUCUUUCCCUCACGCGCCCUCACCCUUUUUUCUGUUUCUCUGGGGAGUAUUUUGCUUUUGUUCCUUGAGUCUCUCUUUUUUCCUCUCCGACCAUUUGUACGGACCAAUCAGCUGCGAGAGAGCGCCAGGCCCUGCGGUUACGUCAACCACAAACGCAAACUCUGCCGAGGAGGAAAGUGGGAGGGGGGGAGGCUCAGGAAUCUGGUGUCCGUGAUCUGCUGUUCCCACCUACCCUUUUCUGUCACCUAACCUUGGCCUCUCCAUUCCCACUUACAUCUCUUCCCCGACUCUCGGUGUCUUUGUUCUCGGACGGAUUGGGGGCAGGGAGGUGCAGGUUGCCCUGAGAUCUACUCCAGAACCAGAGCAUGUACUUCAGCAAAAUGAACUGUGCAACUUUUUGUGGUAUUUUGUGCUGGGGCAAGGGUGGUUGCGUUCCAUGUUUUUGAAGCAGACCCCCCCCCCCCCGGUGGUAGAGGAAUCCCACCUUGAAACAGUGACACAGAAGAGGGCAAGAGUUUUUGAGCAGGUGGGAGACCAGGGGAACGCAACUGAAUGACAAGGGUUCUUGCUUUCUCGUCUCUUUUUUAAAAAAGACAAAAACGUCAGGCACUGUCUGUAUUUAUGUGUUUCCUUGGCUGCAGAGUCUGGUCUCCAGUGAGCAAGUGUUUUAGGGACAAGGGGUAGGGGGUUGAAUGCUUUGUCUGCCCUCUGCCUCCCUUCUCUCCUGUGGGGAAGGGAGGGAGUCAAUGAUCCACCCGUGGAAGGGCAGGGAAAGGCUUUUUCAAAAUUCCUUUCUCCCCAACCCCCUCCAUCCCGUAGCAGUUAGCACUCUCGGUAUUUUUGACUUUGGAAAAAAACUGAUCAAUAAAAAUGUUUUUUUAAGUA